ACUCCGCCGCCGCGCAGGAGGAGCAGCAGCCGGCCGGAGAGCCGAGAGGGGACGGCGCGGCGCUGCCAGCCCGUCCGCCGCGCACCGCCCGCGGCUCCGAGCGGGACCCCGCGCCGCUGCGCGUCACCGCCGCACUUUCUCCGUUUGCUGGGGUGCGACGUGAGGCGAAGCCCCCCCCCUCCCCCCUCAUCCCACCCCGUCUCCCGGAGCCGCCGGGGCGAGGAUGUCCCCAGGCAGAAGCUGAGCGCCCGGGAGGGGCCGCCUCCCCGCCCCCGGACCCCAAACUUUUUUCUGCGGCUCCCCAUGGUGCCCAGGCGGGCAGGAGUGGCCGGGGGCGGACAGCGCUGCGCUUCCUUUCCCCUUCCCUGACGCGGAGGGCAGCUCGUGGGGAGGGGCUCGGCUGCCGGCCCCGAUCUGAAUUUUCGCUGCUCCCGACUCUGCACGUCUCCGGGGAAGUUGGACACGGCGGAGAGCCGUCUGCGACCCCCCCCCCCCCCCGCCCCGCCGGGAGCUCUGCACAUCGCCUCCGCCUCCCUCCGAGCAGCGCUGCUGCGGAGGUCCCUGCGCCGGGGGACCGGAGAGAAGCGAGAGCUGCAGCCGCCGCCGCUCGGAUUAUAAAGUCAGGGAAGUUGCCCCCGUGUCGGCGGAGCCAUGGCCCGGCCCGGGAGUUGGGGGCUGCUGUGCGCCGUGGUGCUCGCCCUGCCCGGCCCCCCGGGAGCCGGAGCCCAAGACGAUGUGUCCCCGUAUUUUAAGACGGAGCCGGUGCGCAGCCAGGUCCACCUGGAGGGGAACCGCCUGGUGCUGACGUGCAUGGCGGAGGGCAGCUGGCCCCUGGAGUUCAAGUGGCUGCACAACAGCCGGGAGCUGACCAAGUUCUCCCUGGAGUACCGGUACAUGAUCACCUCGCUGGACCGCACGCACGCCGGGUUCUACCGCUGCAUCGUCCGCAACCGCAUGGGAGCCCUGCUGCAGCGCCAGACUGAGGUGCAGGUGGCCUACAUGGGCAGCUUUGAGGACAGUGAGACGCAGCAGAGCGUGUCCCACGGGGAGGCGGCCGUCAUCCGGGCGCCCCGCAUCGCCAGCUUCCCCCAGCCCCAGGUCACCUGGUUCCGCGACGGGCGCAAGAUCUCCCCCAGCAGCCGCAUAGCCAUCACGCUGGAGAACACCCUCGUCAUCCUCUCCACGGUGGCCCCGGAUGCGGGACGUUACUACGUGCAGGCAGUGAACGACAAGAACGGGGACAACAAGACCAGCCAGCCCAUCACGCUCACCGUGGCCAACGUGGGUGGCCCCGCCGAUCCCAUCGCACCCACCAUCAUUGUCCCACCCAGGAACACCAGUGUGGUGGCCGGGACCUCAGAGGUGACCAUGGAGUGCGUGGCCAACGCCAGGCCACUGAUCAAGCUGCACAUCAUCUGGAAGAAGGACGGCGUGCCCAUCUCCAGCGGCAUCAGCGACUACAGCCGCCGGCUCACCAUCCUCAACCCCACGCUGGGAGACAGCGGCUACUAUGAGUGCGAGGCUGUGCUGCGCAGCAGCAGUGUGCCUGCUGUGGCUGAGGGCGCCUACCUGUCUGUGCUGGAGCCCCCCCAGUUUGUCAAGGAGCCUGAGAGGCACAUCACGGCGGAGAUGGAGAAGGUGGUGGCCAUCCCGUGCCAAGCCAAAGGUGUGCCACCUCCCGACAUGGCCUGGUACAAGGACGCAUCCCUCAUCCAUCCGGAGCAGCUGUCCCGCUUCCAGCUGCUGGCAGAUGGCAGCCUGCAGAUCAGUGGGCUGCUCCCUGACGACACUGGCAUGUUCCAGUGCUUCGCCCGCAACGCAGCCGGAGAGGUGCAGACCACCACGUACCUGGCUGUGACUAGCAUCGCCCCCAACAUCACGAGGGGUCCCCAGGACAGCACGGUGAUCGAUGGCAUGUCCGUAAUCCUCAACUGUGAGACCUCGGGGGCUCCACGCCCGGCCAUCACCUGGCAGAAAGGGGAGCGGAUCCUGGCCAGCGGCUCAGUGCAGCUCCCGCGCUUCACCCUGCUGGAGUCGGGCAGCCUGCUUGUCAGCCCCGCACACCUGACUGAUGCCGGCACCUACACCUGCCUGGCCACCAACUCCCGUGGCGUGGAUGAAGCCUCUGCUGACCUGGUGGUCUGGGCACGGACACGCAUCACCGAUCCACCGCAGGACCAGAGUGUCAUCAAGGGCACCAAGGCCUCCAUGAGCUGCGGCGUCACCCACGACCCCAGUGUGGAUGUCAGGUACAUCUGGGAGAAGGAUGGUGCACCACUGGGCACGGAGAGCGGCCCCCGGCUGCGGCUGGAUGAGACGGGCACGCUGCACAUCUCCCAGACCUGGUCGGGGGACAUCGGCACCUACACCUGCAAGGUGCUCUCGGCCGGCGGCAAUGACUCACGCAGUGCCCACCUCCGUGUCCGGCAGCUCCCCCAUGCCCCUGAGAGCCCCGUGGCCGUCCUGAGCCCCCUGGAGAAGCGGGCCAUCAACCUGACCUGGGCCAAGCCCUUCGAUGGCAACAGCCCCCUGCUGCGUUACCUCGUGGAGAUCUCUGAGAACAAUGCACCCUGGACAGUGCUGCUGGCCAGCGUCGACCCUGAGCUGACGUGGGUGGUGGUGCGGGGGUUGGUGCCCGCCCGUUCCUACCAGUUCCGCCUCUGUGCUGUCAAUGAUGUGGGCAGGAGCCAGUUCAGCAAGGACACGGAGAGAGUGUCCCUGCCCGAGGAGCCACCCUCUGCACCCCCCCAGAACGUCAUCGCCAGCGGCCGCACCAACCAGUCCAUCAUGAUCCAAUGGCAGCCACCCCCUGAGAGCCACCAGAACGGUGUCCUCAAGGGCUACAUCAUCCGGUACUGCCUGGCCGGGCUGCCCGUGGGCUACCAGUUCAAGAACAUCACCAAUGCUGAUGUCAACAACCUGCUCCUGGAGGACCUCAUCAUCUGGACCAACUACGAGAUUGAGGUGGCGGCGUACAACAGCGCUGGCCUGGGGGUGUACAGCAUGAAGGUGACAGAGUGGACGCUGCAGGGAGUCCCCACUGUGCCCCCGGGCAACGUGCAGACCGAGGCCACCAACUCCACCACCAUCCGUUUCACCUGGAACCCCCCCAGCCCCCAGUUCAUCAACGGCAUCAAUCAGGGCUACAAGCUUAUUGCCUGGGAACCGGAGCAUGAGGAAGAGGCGACGGUGGUGACAGUGAGGCCCAACUUCCAGGACAGUGUCCACGUGGGUUACGUGGUGGGGCUGAAGAAGUUCACCGAGUAUUUGACGUCAGUGCUGUGCUUCACUACGCCGGGGGACGGCCCGCGCAGCCCGCCCCAGCUGGUGCGCACCCACGAGGACGUGCCCGGCCCUGUGGGACACCUGAGCUUCAGUGAGAUCUUGGACACAUCCCUGAAGGUCAGCUGGCAGGAGCCCCUGGAGAAGAAUGGCAUUCUGACAGGCUACAGGAUCUCCUGGGAGGAAUACAACCGCACCAACACACGGGUGACCCACUACCUGCCCAACGUCACGCUGGAGUACCGUGUCACCGGCCUCACUGCCCUCACCACCUACACCAUCGAGGUGGCUGCCAUGACCUCCAAGGGCCAGGGCCAGGUUUCUUCCUCCACCAUCUCCUCGGGAGUGCCACCAGAGCUCCCGGGUGCCCCCACCAAUUUGGGCAUCUCCAACAUCGGUCCCCGCUCCGUCACCCUCCAGUUUCGCCCGGGUUAUGAUGGCAAAACAUCCAUCUCCCGCUGGCAGGUGGAGGCACAGGUGGGCCAGAAUGGUGAGGCCGAAGAGUGGGGGCUUGUCCACCAGCUGGCUAACGAGCCCGAUACUCGCUCUUUGGAAGUGCCCAAUCUGAAUCCCUACACCUACUACAGUUUCCGCAUGCGGCAGGUAAACAUCGUGGGCACCAGCCCCCCCAGCCUGCCCUCCCGGAGGAUCCAGACCCUGCAGGCCCCCCCGGAUGUGGCACCUGCUAAUGUCACCCUGCGGACGGCCAGUGAGACCAGCCUGUGGCUGCGCUGGAUGCCCCUCCUGGAACAGGAAUACAAUGGGAACCCCGACUCGGUGGGCUACCGGAUCCGCUACCUGCGCUCGGACGGGCGAGGGCGGGCAGUGGUGCACGUCAUCCAUGACCGCGUGGAGCGGGAGUACACCAUCGAGGACCUGGAGGAGUGGACCGAGUACCGGGUGCAGGUCCAAGCCUUCAACGCCAUUGGCUCAGGGCCCUGGAGCCACUUGGUGCUGGGACGCACGCGGGAGUCAGUGCCCUCCUCUGGCCCCAGCAACGUGUCAGCACAGGCCACGUCCUCCAGCAGCAUGCUGGUGCGGUGGAGUGACAUCCCCGAGGCGGACUGCAACGGCCUCAUCCUGGGCUACAAGGUGAUGUACAAGGAGAAGGAUUCGGAAGCACGUGCCCAGUUCUGGCUGGCAGAGGGCAAUACCUCCCGCAGUGCCCAGCUGACAGGGCUGGGCAAGUUCAUGCUGUACGAAAUCCGUGUGCUGGCCUUCACCAGGAUUGGGGAUGGCGUGCCCAGCCGGCCCCCCAUCCUCGAGAGGACUCUGGAUGAUGUGCCUGGGCCUCCCGUGGGGAUGCUGUUCCCUGAAGUGAGGACGACCUCUGUGCGGCUCAUCUGGCAGCCGCCCACAGCCCCCAACGGCAUCAUCCUGGCGUACCAGCUCACCCACCGCCUUAACACCACCACGGCCAACGCGGCUGUCAGCGAGGUGCUGGGCCCCAGCACACGGCAGUACACGGCCACCGGCCUGCAGCCCGAGGCCACCUACCUCUUCAGCAUCACAGCACAGACCCGCAAGGGCUGGGGAGAGGCAGCCGAAGCCCUCGUGGUGACCACAGAGAAGAGAGAUCGCCCGCAGCCCCCCAGCAAGCCGUUGGUGCGGCAGGAGGACGUGCGUGCCCGCAGUGUUCUUCUGUCCUGGGAGCCGGGCAGUGAUGGGCUCUCCCCUGUCCGCUUCUACACGGUGCAGACCCGUGAGCUGCCCAGCGGUGAGUGGGCACUGCACCCUGCGUCCAUCAGCCACAAUGCCACAGCCUUCGUCGUGGACAGGCUCAAGCCCUUCACCUCCUACAAGUUCCGUGUGAAAGCGACAAAUGACAUCGGGGACAGCGAGUACAGCGAGGAGUCGGAGUCGCUCACCACCCUGCAGGCAGCCCCCGAGGAAGCCCCCACCAUCCUCUCUGUCACCCCACACACUACCACAUCCGUGCUCAUCCGCUGGCAGCCCCCAUCUGAGGACAAGAUCAAUGGGAUCCUGCUGGGCUUCCGCCUCCGCUACCGUGAGCUGCUGUACGACAGCCUGCGUGGCUUCACCCUGCACGGCAUCGGCAACCCCGGCGCCACGUGGGCUGAGCUCACCCACCUGAGCAAGCACCGGCGCUACGAGAUCCGCAUGAGUGUGUACAAUGCGGUGGGUGAGGGACCCCCCAGCCCUCCCCAGGAGGUCUUUGUGGGCGAAGCAGUGCCCACCGGAGCACCACAGAAUGUGGCCGUGAAGGCAGCCACUGCCACCCAGCUGGAUGUCACCUGGGAGCCACCACCCACCGAGAGCCAGAACGGGGACAUCCAGGGCUACAAGAUCCACUUCUGGGAGGCGCAGCGGCAGAACGAGAGCGCACGGGUGAAGACGCUCUUCCUGCCCGAAACCGGGGUGAAGCUGAAGAACCUGACGGGGUACACCUCCUAUUGGGUCAGCAUCGCUGCCUUCAAUGCUGCCGGAGACGGACCCCGCAGCACCCCAGUUACGGCCCGGACACAGCAGGCAGCCCCCAGUGCCCCCGGCUCCAUCCGAUUCAGUGAGCUGACCACCACAUCGGUGAACGUGUCCUGGGAGCCACCACCACUGCCCAAUGGCAUCCUGGAGGGCUACAGGCUGGUCUAUGAGCCCUGCAUGCCCGUGGACGGUGUCAGUAAGAUUGUGACGGUGGAUGUGAAGGGGAACAGCCCGCUGUGGAUGAAGGUGAAGGACCUGGCUGAGGGCAUCACCUACCGCUUCCGGAUCCGGGCUAAAACCUUCGCCUACGGACCGGACGUUGAAGCAAACAUCACCACGGGGCCAGGGGAAGGUGCUCCUGGCCCUCCUGGAGAGCCCUUCAUCUCCCGCUAUGGCUCAGCCAUCACCAUCCAUUGGACGAGCGGAGACCCCGGCCAAGGACCCAUCACAAGAUACGUCAUUGAAGCUCGGCCCUCAGACGAGGGGCUCUGGGACAUCCUCAUCAAAGACAUUCCCAAAGAAGUGACCUCCUACACCUUCAGCAUGGACAUCCUCAAGCAGGGGGUCAGCUACGACUUCCGUGUCAUCGCUGUCAAUGACUAUGGCUAUGGGACCCCCAGCACACCAUCCCCCUCUGUCUCAGCCCAGAAAGCCAACCCCUUCUAUGAGGAGUGGUGGUUCCUGGUGGUUAUUGCCCUGGUGGGGCUCAUCUUCAUCCUCCUGCUUGUCUUCGUGCUCAUCAUCCGUGGGCAGAGCAAGAAGUAUGCCAAGAAGUCAGACUCGGGGAAUGGCUCCAAGGCAAACGCCCUGACCCACGGUGAGAUGGUGAGCCUGGAUGAGAGCAGCUUCCCUGCCCUGGAGCUCAACAACCGGCGCCUUUCCGUCAAGAACUCCUUCUGCAGAAAGAAUGGCAUCUACACCCGGUCCCCGCCGCGCCCCAGCCCCGGCAGCCUGCACUAUUCGGAUGAGGAUGUGACCAAAUACAACGACCUGAUCCCCGCCGAGAGCAGCAGCCUGACGGAGAAACCCUCCGAGGUCUCUGACUCCCAGGGCAGCGACAGCGAGUACGAGGUGGACCCGGCUCACCAGAAAGCCCACUCCUUUGUCAACCACUACAUCAGCGACCCCACCUACUACAACUCAUGGCGGCGGCAGCAGAAGGGCAUCUCACGGGCGCAGGCGUACAGCUACACCGAGAGCGACUCCGGGGAGCCCGACCACACACCCCUCUCCAACAGCACCUCCACACAGCAGGGCAGCCUCUUCCGGCCCAAAGCCAGCAGGACUCCCACCCCACAGACCCCCGGCAACCCCCCCAGCCAGCCCGGCACCCUGUACCGCCCGCCCAGCAGCCUGGCCCCCGGCUCCAGAGCCCCCAUCGCUGGGUUUUCCUCUUUUGUUUGAUAUUUAAAGGGGAGCAGAAGAAAACCACACGAAACGAAGGAGCAAAAAAAUAAUAAUAAUACAAAAAUACGAAGAAAAAAAAAAAAAGAAGAAAAAAAAAAGAAAACAAAAGAAGAGUCCGAGAAAUCAAGGAAAUAAGCGGCGAGGAGGAGAAGAGGAUGGAGAUGCUGAGAGCCUGAGGAGGGGCUGCUCGGGUUCAGGCUUUUUCCUUUUCUCAGCAGGACUUGGAGCAGGAUGCCAAGUGACAGUGCUGGGGCUGGGGGGCACAACCUAGCUCCUCUUUUCGGCCAAAGCUUUCUGUGUUUUGGACUCCUUGGCCGGGAUGCGGGGCUGCAGAGGGGCCCUGGCUGUGCCACAGCCCAACCCGGGGGUCCCACAAGGACGCAGGAACGGGUGGCGAUGCAGAGGAGACUGCGUGGGGAGAGGGGCUCUGUUUGUGUAACCCUCGGGGGGUGAAGCCCCCAGCCUGGACCCUCUGAGAAACAGGGCCAGCAGCCUUGUGGACAAAGAAUUGCCCUCUUUGUUUGCCCCUGGCCCAGCACAGCCCCCCAGCAGAGCCCCCGGGAGUGCAAGUGGUGCUGAUGUCCCCUAUGAUUUGCACCCUGGAGAGGACUCGGUGGGGUGAUGCAGUGACUGUGGCCGCUCCUCUGCCUCUCUGGCAGCGUGGAGGUGUUUUUAUUUUAAUUCUGUUUUGUGCAGAGGCCUGGGAGCCCAAGGGGCACGCGGUGGUGGUGAUGCCCGGGGUGCUCUGGGGUUGGAGAGGGGGUGGUUUUGGUGCUCUCUGCGUAGCAAACCUCCCCCCCUCUUCCAUUGCCUGUUGGUGAGCCAGGCACCAGCUGGUGGGGCUGCACCAAGAGAGAUGCCAAUAAACAGCCUGAGGAUGA